UCCCUCGCGCGCCGCCAGGAGGGGCUGGAUGGUGACGCCGGGCAGGGGGGCUCCAUGAUGUUAGGGGCUGUGAAGAUGGAAGGGCACGAGACCAGCGAGUGGAACAGCUACUACGCCGAGACGCAGGAGGCCUAUUCGACGGUGCCCGUGAGCAACAUGAACGCCGGCCUGGGCUCGAUGAACUCCAUGAACACGUACAUGAGCAUGAACGCCAUGACCACCAGCGGCAACAUGACCACGUCGGGCUCCUUCAACAUGUCCUACGCCAACCCCGGCCUGAGCCUCAGCCCCGGCGGGACGGGCGGCGCCAUGAACAGCAUGUCGGCCAUGGGCUCCGCGCUGAGCCCGGGGGGCAUGGGCUCCAUGGGCGGCCCGCAGGCCCCCCUGAACGGCCUGGGCGCCUACCACGGGGCCAUGGCGCCCUGCAUGAGCCCCAUGGGCUACGCGCCGGCCAACCUGAGCCGCGGCCGCGAGGCCAAGAGCUUCAAGCGCAGCUACCCGCACGCCAAGCCGCCCUACUCGUACAUCUCGCUCAUCACCAUGGCCAUCCAGCAGGCGCCCAGCAAGAUGCUGACGCUGAGCGAGAUCUACCAGUGGAUCAUGGACCUCUUCCCCUACUACCGCCAGAACCAGCAGCGCUGGCAGAACUCCAUCCGCCACUCGCUCUCCUUCAACGACUGCUUCGUCAAGGUGGCCCGCUCGCCCGACAAGCCCGGCAAGGGCUCCUACUGGACGCUCCACCCGGACUCGGGCAACAUGUUCGAGAACGGCUGCUACCUCCGGCGCCAGAAGCGCUUCAAGUGCGACAAGCAGGCCGGCGGCUGCGGGGCCAAGGGCGGCCAGGCCGGGGGAGGAGGAGGAGGAGGGGGGGGCGGCGGCCCCGGAGGGGAGGGCAGGAAAGACCCGGCCGGCUCCGGCUCGCCUCUGCACCGCGGCCAGCCCAAGGGGGGCCAGCUCGAGGCCGCCCCGUCCAACCGCGGCGGCGCCGCCAGCCCCCAGGCCCUGGACCACAACGGCAACGGCGCCGAGCUCAAGCCGUCGGUGGCGGCCGCGGCGGCCGCGGCGGCGGCAGCGGUGGCGGCGGCCGCCUCGGUCCAAACGGGCCCCGCCUUGGCCUCGCUGGGCCACCCGGGCCACUCGCUGGGCCACCACGAGUCGCAGCUGCACCUCAAGGGCGACCCCCACUAUUCCUUCAACCACCCCUUCUCCAUCAACAACCUCAUGUCCUCCUCGGAACAGCAGCACAAGCUGGACUUCAAGGCCUACGAGCAAGCGCUGCAAUAUUCCUCCUACGGGGCCGGCUUGCCCAGCGGCUUGCCCCUCGGCAGCGCCUCCAUGGGCGGCAGGGGGGGCAUCGAGCCCUCGGCCCUGGAGCCCUCCUACUACCAAGGUGUGUAUUCCAGACCCGUCCUAAACACCUCUUAGCUGGCA